GAUUGGCUGACAGUAGAGGAGGUGGUGUGCAGUUAAGUGUACAGUCAGACCCGUAGUAAGGCGCACGAGCUCCUCCACAGUAGCGCGCUUUUUCUCCGCAGAUCUUCAUUGUAACGGACUCUGACAGAGGACUUCCGACAUGUUGGGGUUCGUCGCCAAACAGCUCAAGAGCCACCCAGCUCUCAUCCCUCUCUUCAUCUUCAUCGGUGGCGGGGCAACCAUGAGCAUGAUGUAUUUGGGUCGGCUGGCUCUGAAAAACCCUGAUGUCUCAUGGGAUCGCAAAAACAACCCCGAGCCCUGGAACAAAAUGGAGCCCAAUCAACAGUACAAACUCUUCACAGUUAACAUGGACUACUCCAAGCUGAAGAAGGACAGGCCUGAUUUCUAAGUCGCUGUGUCUUCACACCUCCAACUCUGACAUUGUCGUCAGUGUGAGGAGCCUUUGCACUUUUGCCAAUAAUCAAACAAACCUCUGACACUGAAUGAAGAUUGAAUUGUUCAGUCAGUUCAUUUCUAGUGUGCAGGGGGAAAGGGAUCAUUCACUUAUCAAUGACUGUAUGAACAAAACAGGCAACCACCUGUUUUACUAAUCGAUGAAUUUAUUUUUGAAUGUGUUAAUUAUUAAAACUAUUUAAAUCCUA